AUGAAGUUCACACUCAUCAUCGCGAGCCUGAUGGCAAUCAUCACAUACAGUAUGGCAGUGGCACCUGCUGUUCUCUUCCAACGUACACCACAACGCUUCCAAUGCUACCAAGUCACCUGCUACAAGCCGAACUUCGGAGACGAUCAGUGCAAGAGAGACUGCGGAGGCAUUGAGUGCUCGGCGCAGACCAACAAAUGCGUGGCUGGUUCGAAAAACGGCACCAGCACCAGUACGAGCACCAGCACGAGCACCAGGGCGAGCGUCAGGGCGAGCACGACAUGCAACGACAUGCUGCUAUGA